AUGGCUGCUACCGACCCCGAGCAGCUCACCAUCCCCUCCGACGCCGAGGCGCUGCACCCGGGAUCCAAGGGGAUCAAGGGCGUGCUUGCCAUCGACAUGGACGACGUGCUCUGCAACACCAACGCCACGAUCGUUCACAUGCACUCGAAGCUGUUCCCCGAUGCCGCCGAGCCCCCAAUCGCGAUCGAAGAGUUUGAGCACUACCUGUACUGGAACAACCGUGGAUGGGGCACCCAGACCGAGACGGUUGAGAUGGUGGGCGCGCUGUACCGUAACGGCCUGAUGGACAUGCCCGUCCCCAUUCCCGGGGCGCGCGAGGGCCUGCUCAAGCUCAAGGCGAUGGGCUACUCGCUCAUUGUGAUCACUGCGCGCAGCGAGAUGCAGCGCGAGGGCACCGAGGAGUGGCUCGAGACCAACCUCCCGGACAUCUUUGACGAGCUGCACUUCACCGGCGCGUUCAACCACCUCAUCCCGGCCACGCACUCGGAGCACGAGGGCCACGCGGCGCGCAAGGCCGUGGUCUCGCACAAGCAGCGCACAAAGCACGAAGUCAUGCGCCAGACCAACGCCCUCCUCCUCGUCGACGACAGCGCCGAAAACGCCGUCGCGGCCGCGUCGGCCGACCCGCCAGCCCGCGUCCUCUUGUUCGGCGAGUACCCGUGGAACGCCGAGAUUGUGCCCCCGCACGGCGAGUGUGCCGCGCACCCGCACGACAAGCUGAUAUACGUCGAGCGCGAGCGCCAGGGCCUGCUGGUGGAGUGCAAGGCGCGCCGGGACAUGCGUAUCGAGCAUGGAUGGCUGCCUGCGGGUGUGUCGCGCGUGCGCGACUGGGAGGGCGUGGUGGACGCCGUGCGGGCGUUUGAGCUCGAGAAGAAGGCGUAG